UCGAUUAUCAACGACGAUUAACGCACUAUCUAGCUGUGCGAGGGUUCUUCCUAAUUCCAACACGGGACGAGAUCAGUUCGCCAAUUACCAGCGAUACAAACAGAAUGAAGUUGCUAGGGGUUUUGCUGCUGUGUGCGGUCGUGGUAGCGCUGCCGACCGCCGUAAAAAAGAUUGACCCUGGCUUCGAUAUUUCCGAUAAUGGUCUUACGGGCUCCGAGAGGCUCUCAGCAGGAGUUGAAUUCCUUAUCAACCAGUUGAUCCGUCAGCUAUUCAACUAUAUCCGUCUCAUCAUCAACAAUGGAUCCGCACUAUUUGGCAUUCCACCUCUAGACCCCUUAUUCUUGGAGGAAUUCCACCUUUACCUUCCAUUGGGACUCAUCAACCUCGACCUAGACCUAAAGAAUGCCUUGGUGACUGGUAUCGGCGGAUUUCACGUGCACACCAGCAGAUUCACGCCUUCGGAACUGUCUUUCGCGUUGGACAUCUCUGUACCCAGCAUUGUGAUCGAAUCCGAGAGCUACGAUUUGGUCGGAGAUCUGCUGACUGCUAUUCCUCUGUACGGAAAAGGCAAAGCAAGAUUCCAAAUUGAUGAUUUCCGCUUCAGUGGAACGUUGAUCCUGAAGCAAUCGGAAGACGGCCAGUCAGUGCUAGUCGACAGAGUCAUCAACUCUUCUUACGAGAUUCCUUAUUUCAAGUCCGAGCUGACCGGCGUGAUCGGAGGCGGUGACAUCGACAAGGUAGUAAACGCCAUGCUCGAGGACGUGAUCAUCGACUACGCCAACCGCUUCCAGGGCGCCAUCGCCGCCGCCGUGUCGUUCGCGCUGCCAGCGGUCGCCAAUCCCGUGCUCUCAGAACUCGACACCUGGAAAUACAUCGAUAGAUUCGUCUAACCUCUCAGCUGCACUUCAUUAGGAUAAGUCGUGCUAACUAGAUUUACUGAUUUAUGAGACAAAUGUUGUGACCCCCCUAUAGGUUUUAGAAAAACACGUUAUCGUUUUAAACAUCAAGUAUGGAACGAAUUGUACAAUAAACCACACAAAUAAA